GGAGCUCGGACUUUGAUUUAGAACAAGGAGAAACAGGUCGGUCUUUGUUCCUUUGUUCGAGAUUCCAUUCUUUCACUGCAGUCUUCUCAUAUAUUGAAAGUCACUUCUUCUUUAUCAGCUUCUUCUGAUGCCGUCUGCAAUCAAAGUCCACCCAUGGAAGACGAUCUUGAAACACUUGUCGGCGACAACGAUAUGGAUCUUUCUUUAUCCAGUCAAGACGCUCUUUCAGAUGCAGACAUUCCUGAUGAUAUAUCUGAAUCUUCAAGUGCCACUAAUACUAACACAAACGUGGUCCAAGGCGCAUCAGAAAAACGCCCAAGAUCCUUCCUUUCGAAAGUCAAUCCUUUUCAUACCGAUCCUGACCCAGAAGAAGUCACGGAAGUCCACACCCGUGUCCUCGAGAAGACGCCCAAUGGAUAUCCUCGCCUCGCUGCGUUUCAGUCUUCAGAGGCGAAUUUUGCAUUGUAUCGCAACUUCAGUUAUCUGCACAGCCGCGUGCUGCUGGACAUGCAGGAUGAACUGACCACGUUGGAGAAGGAACUCGACGAUGCGGAUCGUGAGGAUUCUUAUGAUGGCCGUCGGCAAAUGAGGCUGCAUAGUCGGACAGAGGAUGUAGACUCGUACAAUGAGUACAAGGCCAAGUUAAGGCGUAAAGAUGAGCGGAGAGAGAAACGCGAGAAACGCGAAGCAGAGCGUCGUGAGAUGCAACGCCAAGUAGCAGAGAAUGGUGCUCCUGCCGCAACCACUGUCGAAACUGAUGAUGAUGACGACGACGACGCUGAUGAUGCCACUUCGACAGCGAGCAGUGAGCCAGAAGACUAUCUCACCCGCCCACGACGCGAGAUCCUUGCAGAAAUCAAGUGCAAAUUGUACGAAUAUGACAAGUGGAUGAUCAAAUCACGCAAAAUGACCGGCUUCCAGCGCCCAUCAGAGCGCAACUAUCGUUCAGUCCGGCGAUACAUCAACAAUGCGAAGCCUCUCAUGGACGCUGACAAUGACUCCAUACGACACAAAGAGGAUAUCUUGAGUCUGAGAAACGGACGCGAGUGGGCUGGCUUCGACGGCUUCGUGGAGCGAUCCCUGCAGAUCAUCGACCAGAAAGUCUUGAAGCCCAUCUUGAGGACCGAAAAGCCGCCCUUACAGGUUCGUUAGGCCCAGCUUCCGAUGCUAGCCGAUUCCCUAAUGACCAAGUUGCAGAAUUU